CUCUCAAGUCUCACCUAACCUUUAAUGUUCUUAUGAAAACAGAGUAGUUGAUCGUCUCUUUCUAAUUGUAUUCUUAUCUUCUUUUCUCUUAUUCUCUCCCCUCCCGCACCCUGCAUAUUCACACACACGUAUAUAUACGUACAUACAGAUCUAAGAUUAUAUGAUUUAUGAUUAGUCUUUGUUUCCUUCAUUGAAAGAGGGAGUCCAUCUGCUGCAUGCUCUGUUUUCUCUCUGUUCUCAGGCUACCAUGGAGAAAGGUUUCAAAGAAGAAUAUACAGCAGAAGAGGUUCACACAGAAAAAAUACCCUCACUAACAUGGCAACGACGUUUGAAUACUAACGAACAGAUAUCAUCCGAAUUCAAAUUAAAUUUUAAAGAAACGAUGCAUUUGUUUCCAAUAGGUUGUAGGCUUUGGCGACACACUAAAGAAGAAGCAACGAAAGGAAGAGUGUCUAUAUUUGAUAUUUUUGGAAAGCAUAUAAUUGCCGGUGAUCGUGGUGUACCUCUAGGAGGAAUCGGUGCAGGAAGCAUCGGAAGAAGUUACAAGGGUGAAUUUCAACAAUUUAGGCUGUUCCCCGGAAUUUGUGAAGACGGAUCAGUUCCGGCAAACCAGUUUUCUGUUUUUGUUUCACGACCAACUGGUGAAAAGUUUUCAACUGUGCUAUGCCAAAAGAGCCCAGAAGUGCCAAAGGAAAGCACAGGUUCUGGCCUAGAAUCCUGGGACUGGAAUCUUACUGGAGAGAAGUGUACAUACCAUGCUUUGUUUCCAAGGGCUUGGACUGUCUACGAUGGUGAACCUGACCCAGAACUUAAAAUUGUAUCCUGUCAAAUUUCGCCCUUUAUUCCCCACAACUACAAAGAAAGUAGUUUUCCAGUAUCAGUGUUUACAUUUACGCUAUCUAAUCAUGGAAGAACAUCUGCAGAUGUCACCUUGCUCUUUACAUGGGCAAAUUCUGUGGGUGGAGAUUCUGGAUUUUCUGGCCAUCACUUCAACUCAAAGAUGACGAAGAAAAAUGGAGUACGUGGGGUAAAUUUACACCAUCAAACAGCCAAUGGAAAACCUCCAGUUACUUUUUCCAUUGCAGCAAAGGAAACAGGUGACGUCCUUGUUUCUGAGUGUCCUUGCUUCUUAAUAUCUGGUAAUGCCCGAGGAAUUACAGCUAAAGAUAUGUGGCAUGAAAUUAAAAAGCAUGGCUCAUUUGACCAACUUGAAUGCAAUGAAAUUUCUUCACCUUCAGAACCAGGCUUAUCUAUUGGAGCAGGUGUAGCAGCCUCCGUGACUGUUCCCUCUAGUUCUGUCCGUACGGUCACAUUUUCACUGUCAUGGGACUGCCCAGAAGUGAGAUUUUGUGAGAAAGUUUAUCACAGGCGUUAUACGAGAUUCUAUGGUAUUUUAGGGAAUGCAGCGGCGAGUAUUGCAAAUGAUGCUAUUCUUGGGUAUGCUCAUUGGGAAUCCCAGAUAGAAGCAUGGCAAAGACAGACUCUUGAAGAUAAAAGGCUACCUGAGUGGUAUCCGGUUACACUCUUCAAUGAGCUUUACUACCUAAAUGCAGGCGGGACAAUAUGGACAGAUGGAUUACCUCCAAAAAAAAGUUUAGUAACCAUUGAUGAAAGGAAAUUUUCCCUUGGAAAACCAUUGUCAAAUUUGACUAAUACAAGGACAGAGGUUGCUCAUCAAAAUGACAUAGCUGUUGAAAUUCUUGAAAGGAUGACAACUGUAUAUGAACAGAUACAUGCUCCUGUAAUGUCAACUGCUGCUUUUGGAACUUCUUUGCUCCAAAAUGGAGAAGAAAAUAUUGGUCAAUUUCUCUACCUUGAAGGAACUCAAUACAUAAUGUGGAACACUUACGAUGUCCAUUUCUACUCAUCUUUUGCACUGCUCAUGCUCUUCCCAAAGCUUGAACUCAGCAUCCAGAGAGACUUUGCUGCAGCAGUAUUGAUCCAUGAUCCAGAGAGGAGGAAAAUCAUGAGUGAUGGAAAGUGGGUUCCCCGAAAAGUUAUUGGCGCUGUUCCCCAUGAUAUUGGACUAAAUGAUCCUUGGUCUGAAGUAAAUGCUUAUAACUUGUUUAAUUCAGACAAAUGGAAAGACCUAAAUUCAAAAUUUGUUCUCCAAGUAUACAGGGAUGUGGUUGCUACUGGUGAUAAGAAUUUCGCAAAAGCAGUUUGGCCUUCUGUUUAUACUGCGAUAGCUUACAUGGAUCAGUUUGAUAAAGAUGGGGAUGGAAUGAUUGAGAAUGAAGGGUUUCCUGAUCAAACUUAUGAUGCUUGGUGUGUUACUGGUGUGAGUGCAUAUUGUGGUGGACUUUGGGUUGCAGCCCUCCAAGCUGCUUCGGCCUUGGCAUAUGAGGUUGGUGACAAUGCAGCUGCAAAUUACUUCCAGAUCAAGUAUCAAAAAGCAAGAGUUGUAUAUGGCACAUUGUGGAAUGGUUCCUAUUUCAACUAUGACAACAGCGGUGGUGGUUCGAGUGCAUCCAUUCAGGCUGAUCAGUUGGCUGGACAGUGGUAUGCUAGAGCAUGUGGUCUAAUGCCAAUAGCUGAUGAAGACAAAGUAAGGAGUGCACUUGACAAGAUAUAUCAUUUCAAUGUCUUGAAAGUGAAAGGAGGAACGCGUGGGGCAGUGAAUGGAAUGUUACCAGAUGGAAGGAUUGAUAUGGCAGCAAUGCAAUCAAGGGAAAUAUGGGCUGGAGUCACAUAUGCCCUUGCUGCUUCUAUGAUUCAAGAGGAGAUGGUGGAAAUGGGAUUAAAUACCGCUAAGGGAGUCUAUGAAGCUGCUUGGUCAGAGGAAGGUCUUGGAUACUCUUUUCAGACUCCAGAAGGUUGGAACACAGAUGAUCAAUACAGAUCCCUUUGUUACAUGCGGCCACUGGCCAUAUGGGCAAUGCAGUGGGCCUUAACAAAGCCAAAACUCUCUGUCAAGGAGGGGAAACCUGAAUCAAGUGAAAACUCUUUAUAUCUGAGUCAGUAUGCCGGAUUUUCAAAAGUUGCUCACUUGUUAAAGUUGCCAAAAGAGGAAGAGACCAAAAGCGUCCUACAAACUAUUUAUGAGUUCACUUGCAGGAGACUACACUUCUAGGUUUGUAAAAUUUUUAUCUCAUUCAAAAUCAUUGAUAAGUUUUCUCACAAUUCAGCAAUUCCAGAAACAUUGACAUUUUGAAGAUUCAAAUAAUUGUUGACCCGUUUUACUUUAUUGUGGCAUUGUUUUGUUUUUCCUCC